CUCCGUCCAAGACAGCGCAAGACAAUCGUUACGUUUUAUUUCUCCGCCGAAAACCCGAAAACCAUCACCGACAAUCGCCAUGCAGUUCACAGUAAGCGGCCGCUUAACAGCUUUACCGCACAGUCGCUUUUUUUUCGCUCAGGUUUUUUUACGAUUUUGUGUUUCUUUUAAAUGUUCCCAGGUGUUGAUCGCUUUCAUGCUCGUCGCCGCCGCCGUCGCAACCCCCGUCCCGGCCGACAAGACCGAGACCCCCAAGGACAAGCGCGCCAUCUACGGUAAGCACUGUUAUAAUGUCGAAUCACGACACCGACACCGGCUACGGUCGUGAAACGUGCGCGGUUCAGGUGAGGUAUACCGAACGAACCUCGCGGCUCACCGCGACCUGUCGCAACCACACGGCGAAUCAUACAAUACAGCUUCCUUAAAGCUAUAUUUUCACGAUUCAUCCCGGUUUUUUUUCCUCCUCCCAAUCGCCUAACCUAAAUGGCUCGUACGGAUUUGUGUGCUCUUUGAAAUAACACGUUAUUGUUUCGUUUGUAGCCACUGCGUACCACGCACCGAUCGUCGCACCAGCCGUAUACCACGCCCCGGCGGCCGUGUACCACGCCCCCGCCGAGGUGUACCACGCGCCGGCCGUAUACCACGCGCCGGCCGUAUACCACGCGCCGGCCGUCUACCACGCGCCGGCCGUCUACCACGCACCGGCCGCAGCCACGUCUUACUCCAGCGUCAGCAUCUCGCACCCGGUAGUCGCCAGCGCCCCUGUCUACGCCCCGGCCCAUCCCUUGUACCACUACCGUCGUUAAGAUGGCCGGCCUCCGCGACGGACUGCACGAUCCGCCGACUGCGGUUCUCUACAUUUCACAUGUAAUAUAUUAUUAUCGAUAAUGUAAUUUAUUUAUGACCAUGUACGAUUCUAAAUUAUUUUUCUAUAAAUAAAAGUCUAUUGACACGUUCGAU